AUGAGUGUUGAGCUUUCUGAAGCUUCGAAGACACAGUCUCCCUUUUCAUACUUAUAUACUAGUGUUGCACGCAACCAUCUUGGAGAAAUAGCGGCCGUGAUACUAUCCACAUUGAUAUCGUAUGGUCGACUUAAUGUUAGAGAAUUAAGUACUAGAUCUAAAAUACCAUUAAAGUUGGUAAAGACAUCGUUAGUCUCAUUAAUCCAAUUGAACUGUAUCAAAUACUGGCGUGAUGAAUCAUCCAAGCAGUAUUUUUACACUUUUGAUGAAUCAGGAAUAUUAAUCUUGUUACAUAGUGGGGACAUUAUCAGUCACAUUAAAUCCAAUUAUGGAGAAGAUUCUGCCGAAGUGAUUCAAAACAUUAUAGAGAACGGACAUAUUAAGGUAGAAGAUUAUUUAAGUAAUGUUGGAGAUGAAGAAGAGAAAUAUAAUAAACAAAAUAUAUUUGUUAAGCUUUACCAGGCAGGGUGGUUAGUUAGAUUACAAGGAUUUGAUUUAAAUCCUCUAGAUGACUUAUGGGAGAAGAUGUAUCAGGGGAUAUUGAAGGACACACCUAGAAGUGCCACCACUAGUGAAAUCAAAAGAGUUAAUGAGGCAAAAGAGAAGACCAAAGUUAAAUUUAAAGAUUUAUUAGAAUCUGGUAAUUUACCAGGCGAUAUUUUCACUACUGAGAGUGGGAUUCAAAAAAUUAGGUCUCAUAUUAUAAUGAAAUUUAAUUUAAAUAGAUUUGAAAAACAUUUAAGAACAAUUGCAUUAAGUGAAUUUGCAAAGUCUAGAAUUGGGAUAUUAACAUCUAAAGUAUAUGAAGUUGCAUUAUCAAUUGUUGAAAAAAACUCACCUGAUUUAAAAUAUCCAUUCAAUGAAAUCAGUGGAUUAAUUAAUGAUCCAGAAGAAGAAAGACAAUAUAUUAGUUCUAUUGAAAAUGAAUUAAUCGAUAAUAAAAAAAUCACUUUCAAUGUUCGAGAUUUAAUCAGUAAAUUACCCGAAGAAAUUGAUUUAAGAAAUUCGAUAUUAACCCAUAAUUUUUUAAAACCAGGUAAGAAAAGAGGGUUAGAUUUUGAGCAUGAUGUACCAACAAAGAAGAUUAAAACUGAAAAUGAUGAAUUUGAAGUCAGCCAAACUAAUGAUUUUGAAUCAAACACUGAUAAUUCCGAUCCUCAUUCAUUGAGUUUAGUUCAACACCAUUUAAAAUUAUUAAGUUCAUCAUCAUCUAUACCAUUUUUAGUUGAAAUGAGUGCUGGUAAUUAUUAUAUUCCGUUCAUUUCCAUUGUUAAAUUAUUAAAAGAUUUUACUUAUGAUACCUUGAUUAAAACUACUUUAGGAAUAUCAUCAUUAAGAGUAUUAAAAUGUCUUAAAAGUUUAAAAUUAGCUGAUGAAAAAACAUUAUCAAAUUCAGUUUUAUUAAAAGAGAAAACGGUCAGAAACGAAGUUUAUCGAUUAAUUAAUAUGAAUGUCAUUGAAAUUCAAGAAGUUCCCAGAAGUGCCGAUAGAGCAGCUUCUAAAACUUUUUACCUUUUCAGACAUAAACCAACCAGUGCAUAUAAUUACUUAACCCAUUCUUUAGUCUUUAGUAUGGGUGAAAUCUUAACUAACAUACAAUCUUUCAAAAAUGAUCAUAAAAUUUUGUUAGAAAAAUGUGAAAGAGAAGAUGUUAAGGGUCAUGAAGAAGAACUAUUAUUAGAAUCAGAAUUGAAAACUUUGAAAGAAUUGCAAGUGAGAGAAAUUAAUAACGUUGCAAGAUUCAAUCGUAUAAAAACUUUGUAUAAUAUCUUUAAGUUUUAA